AAUUUUUAACAUGGUCCUUCCGGUUUACAUGAUGAAAUCUCAAGAUUUGAGUUUUUAGGGUUCUUUAGGAGAAAACUGAAUCGGAACAAACCAGUUUCAGGCGUAUCCACUGAAGACCCUUCGAGAGAGAUAGAGAGCAAAUAACGAUGGAAAGGAGAAACGGAAAGAAAGAUCAACCCGAAAGUUCGUCUCUUUCCUCAAAGAAAGGAAUUCAAGAACCGAGAGUAAAGCUGCCUAAAAAAGAGGAGGAGGAGCCUUGUGAGAUAUGUGGAAGUGUGGGCAUUGCUGGUCUGAUGACGAUAUGUUUCAAGUGCAGACACACCCGCGAGCAUACUUAUUGCGCUAAGGUGUUUUUAUCAUCCGUCCAUCCCAUUUGGCUAUGUGAAGCGUGCCGGUUACCAUCUCGUGUAUUGCACAUAUCUCAUGCUGCUGAUCGUUCCUCGGAUCCAAAGAACACUAACAAUUCCAGAGUAGAUGAUGAUCAUAGAACUGCUAAACUAAGAACUAAUGAUACGGAAGAUGUUGUAGAUACCCGUGAGGCAUCAACAAGAGAUGCCAACACAGUGAUGCAUCUACCCUCACUGCCACAUACAAGUCCACGAGCUAAAGAGACUUUGUUAUCUCAAAAGAAGAAGGAGCAGCAUCAACCAACUCAGGCCGUUCCUAAAAAACGCAGGACGAUUCGGGUGAUGGGCAAACACCAUUCACAGCCACGUGAUCGGACUCUGAUCUCUCCUCUGGAUCAAUCUUUAACAGGAGUGGCCCCCUCACCAAAGUGAAAACCAAUAACGCUUCAGCUGAGAUGGGUAUAGAAGCAACGAUUAGUACAUAUAGGUCGCAUCUUGUGUUGUAUAUAUUUAUCCAUUUGAUUGUGAUUCAGUUGUUUCUUUUCUUGGAUCACAAGUUAACUCGCAGAAAUUGAGAUUGCACUUCUUUGAUUAUUAA